AUGGAUCCGGCCACCCCGCAGAACCGUCGCCACUCUUCUCAACCCCCGAAGGAACCUGAGUCUCCAACUACGAGACGUACCCUCAUCCCUACGUCUACUGAUGACGAAGGCCAGGCCCCGCCCGACACACCAAACGCAGACCUACUCGAUGACAGCGAGGACGAUGGGAUGGAAGGAAUAGACGACGACCGUACAGUUCGUAUCAUUGGCCUAGGUCAAGCCGCGGGACCGGCAAACUUUACAGGCCAACCUCAUGACUUCGUCUUCGAGGACCCAUCCCAAGCCGCAAUUUUUAACGCCACCCAACAGACCCAACAAAAACAGGCUGGCGUACAGGAUAACCACCACUGGCGACAAGAACCUACUGAACAGCCAAGUAGAGUGUCGACGCCGGCGACUGUCCGCCGCACGGAGAACGAAGGAAACACUACGCUGUUCCCGAGCAACGAAGACGCCCUCGCAAUCCUUGAACCUACUCAUCAAAGAGGUAACACCUAUCGCUGCAUCCCUCCCACCGAUUACAACAACCUUCCUGACCCCAAAUAUGUCAAAGUUAUGGGAGCAGCUACCCGCCUUGACCAACCUAACACCGUUCCGCUCAUUGCUCAUGACCUCGACUUCCUCCUAACUAACAUGCGCGAAGAUCAGAAAGCGAUGAUUAUGGAAGCCCUAGACAACUGCCUUUUCUUUCUAUUUGCCAAUGGCGGUACCCUCAUGAAUGUGACCAAGGCGAGAGAGUUAACAAUCUCUAUCCGUGAUCGCCUCAUUGAAGAACUGGCAAUCAACCCGAAAUGGAUCGACGUCAUCACCCCCCAGCCCGAGUCGACUGCAAUCCUCGAUGGUUCCAAAAAUGCAGGGAAUCAGGGUAUCGUUAUCCGCUUCGAAGGACACCUUCAGGAACGAGCCUUCCUCAUAGAACACCAGACCUUUGCUUUCUCCCCACUCAACACAUUCCAUGUUCUGAAGUACUCCCCGGGCCACCUCUCCUGGACAGUUGGGGUCUACGAAACUCAGUCCAUCCGUAGUGAUGACCGGGUAACUAAGGCUUUUAGGUUCCAAGCAUGCACCCUCCUCCGCGCUGACGCCCGUUUCAGAGCCUUUGUAUCCCAUGUCUCCCAAGGCGAUCCCCGACCACUAGAUGUCCGUGUGGACGAAUACGUACUCACCAUUCGAAUGGUAACCCGUGAAGACGCCGACGACUCCAGCAACCGCGAGCUCAUUAUGACCAUGAAACCCAUGGGUGGGAAGGAAGAAUGGAUAGCCAUCACCCACUACAUCCGCGGCCUCACCUUCUACUCCACUCAUGAGGCCUUCACCCUCAGUCAUCACUACCUGCCUGACAGGCGACCACUGUACUGUACAAGAUGUACCCUCGACGACCAUGUAGGCCACAAGUGCCGCUUUAACGGCAUCCCCAACUGGAACGGCCCCACAGCUGGCAUAUACGCAACCCUCGAACAAGUCAUUGGGAAGGCUGCCACGGACAAAGCCUGGGAAGGAGUCGUGGAAAAAGCGAAAGAGGCCAGAGGGGUAAGCAGGGUUGGCCGUAAGCCAACUCGAGGAGCUGGACGCGACCUUCGUCGUGGCACCCGCAGCCGAGGACGAGGGCGCGGCCGUGGUGGCCGUGGCACCUAA